GCCGGUACUGCUGCUGGACACGCCAAAGAGAGCCAAAUCGCGCUCUACUAUAGCCUCACGUUCUCCGUUGCACCGAAGCAACAUUCACCAACAUUACCAUCGUCCCAGUUUCUGUCUUGCCAUAACUGAGAUGCAAUGUUUCAGCGUCACGAUAAAACUGAAUGCAUGAUGUGUUUUGUUUGUCUAUUUAGUGGAUAAAGGAGAAGAACAUUCCUCGUUAGAGUUGCAACAUUCCUCCUGCGUCUGCGCGUAGGUACUGAAGAAAACGUUUCUUUUUGUGAUUGGGACGAAUUCACCAGCACGAGCAACAGAUAGUUGCGAGCUCCAGCCGUUUACCGCCCUGAGUACAUGAGUGAUCGGAUCCCCGAUAAUCAUCCCUAACAUUCUCCUCGUGGACUGUCCAUUGAGCACUUAGAUGGAGUAUCGGAGUCGCUAUUCCCCAUUAUGGUACUGAAGUAAACGUUUCUUUCCGUGAUUGAGACGAAUUCAGCAGCACAGGCAACAGAUAGUUGCGAGCUCCGGCCGUCUACCGCUCUGAGUACAUGAGUGAUCGGAUCCCCGAUAAUCAUCCCUAACAUUCUCGACGUGGACUGCCCAUUGAGCACUUAGAUCGCGAAGCGUUGGAGUCACCAUUUCCCAUAUGAUACCACAGCGCCUGGUGCACCCACAUCACACCACUCCGAAAUGCAACAAAAGGGAAAUUCAUCUUGUACAGGGAGCACCGGUAAGGCUACAAGUCGGAGAGAUUCAGCUCGUCAGUCGGUCAUGCCUUACCACAAUCCCACAUCUACCGUCACACACCAACAGCCAUCUUCGAAGGAACCAAGCUUCAGUUCACCUUCAGGUAUCAACCAGCAGCCACAUCACAGAGGGUCUACAGACAAUCAUGUCUUGGAAGAAAGAAGCACUAAGCAAGGGGAAGCAGAAAGACAAAGCAGCGUAGACAAGCAGUUUCAGGGGCUGAGUAUCUCAUCAGCCACUACUGCCACAGUUUCUCCACCUUCCACUAUUGCUGCUGUCCCUACUGCUGCUGCUGCUGCUGCUGAUGAUGAUGAUCAUGAUCAUGAUGAUGUGCCUGAUUUUCCACAAGAUGCUAAUCAGGCUUCGAGUGAAGCAUACCCAGAAACACAAGCAAGUUCCGAACAGCAAACGGCUGAUCUGAGAAAAAUUGUCAGCUUUCACUUAAAUCAUCAGCAGCAGCAGCAGGAACAGAUGACAUUUCCGCGGACAAUCCAAGCCAGCAAAGCAAUGGUGUAUGAUGUGUUCAAGUUUACCGUAGGGCACAUUGAAAUCCUGGAAAGACUGGAGAUGAAAGAGAUGAAAAAGGUGCCACCUUCAAUGUCAUCAUCCAGCAAGAAGCUAUAUGAAACUAUGAAGCACAAUCAUGAAGGCACCAGGAUCACUGUUGAUGAGAUGAUUCAGCGAUGCAACAACUACCUUCUGAUCUUGGCGAUCCAGAUGGGCUCCUGCCACCCAGAGGCACGUUCUCAACUGCAGGAACAGCUGAGUAAAAAGGUGGCUGAUUGGAUUAGUACCUGCGAUUUGGGAAUCGAUAGUGUUCGCCAUUUCACAACGAAUAUGGAGCGAGCAAUUCAGCAGGAAGAGCCCCAGCUAAUGUCAACAAGAUCACCCCCACCACCACCACAAUCAGCAUUGUGGAUGCCUAAAACAUUGGGCCGGGUCUUCCAGGUCGUCCAAGGUGCUUUGGUAAUGAGCGACGAGAUGCAGAAGGACUACGAGGAUAAUCCCAAUCUUCAAGCCAUCCUCUCUGAGUUCAGGAACCAGGCCAGUUUUCGCUGAUUUACAGUCAUUGGCACUCAUUGCUAUAACAUCACCAUGACAUCACCGCUACAUCAUCAUGACAUCACCAUUACAUCAUCAUGGCAUCAACAUAGACCCGCGGCAUCAUUUCAACAAGGGUUUUAGUUUUAGUUUUGUUUUAUUCCAAGCAAUACAUGGCUGGGGAAGCCAAUGACCACUUUGCGUGGCCAUUUCAGGGUUUUAUAGCCAACCACGGCCAGCAAGAAAGGAAAAAGAAGGUGAAAAGAAAAGGAAAAAGAGAGCACAUAAAAGCAGAACUUCAUGUCUUUUUGCUGGUGCUUUUUCUCUUCUAUUUUUGGCUUAGUCCAUUAUCACUGUACACGUGUAUGUAAUAAUUGACAUUUUUUAGGCAUAACCACGUCAUCUAUUUGUUCAUAAACGUAUCCAUUCUCACAUUACGCACCUCCACACAGGACAUAUUGGAGCGAGCCACAUUGUCCUCUGUCCGCACACUGUAUUUACAUUGUCCUCUGUCCACACACUGUAUUCACAUUGUCCUCUGUCCACACACUGUAAUCACAUUGGACUCUGUCCGCAAACUGUAUUCACAUUGUCCUCUGUCCACACACUGUAUUCACAUUGUCCUCUGUCCACACACUGUAUUCACAUUGUCCUCUGUCCACACACUGUAUUCACAUUGUCCUCUGUCCACACACUGUAUUCACAUUGUCCUCUGUCCACACACUGUAUUCACAUUGUCCUCUGUCCACACACUGUAUUCACAUUGUCCUCUGUCCACACACUGUAUUCACGUUGUUGUUAGCACAUACAUGUAGAAAACAAUAUUGAUUCAUGGUUUUUCUGAAAGUACAAUUUGUACAUUCAUACCCUCUCAUAGUAAUAUUGUUUCAUUCCAAAGUAAAAACACUCGGUAAUGUGAAGAGAGUAGGAUUUGCUGGGACUGAUGGGCGGAAAGGUUCAAGUAGACGCUGGAGGCCGAACUACUCUGCCCAACCUGAAGCGUUUCCUCAUUCACAGUGACGAGCCUAACAUAUCCCAAAACACAUACAUGUACACAGUCACUUCAGAUACGUUGUGUCCAUGUACAGUCCAUGUAC